ACUCGGUUUAAGGUCAUUGGGGCGAAACAGCGGGCGAUUUGGAGAGUGUUUUGCCAUCUUAUCGUGGCUCACCGGACAUUGCGCAGCACUUAUAAUGUUACCAUCUAGGUUCAAAAAGUUGUGCACCUGUUUUACUUCGUAUCAAGAUAUUCCAGCAAUUCUCCUACUAAUGCUACUAUAUGUUUUUCAGGGCAUUUCUAUUGGCAUUUCUGCUUCGAUUCCAUUUCUUCUUCAAUCAAAUUACCGUGCCGGUGGCUAUAAUUUACAAGCAACAUUUUCAAUAUCAGCUUGGCCUUUUGCUAUGAAACUUCUCUGGGCUCCAAUAGUUGAUUCAAUUUACGUCAAUUUUAUUGGAAGACGGAAGACGUGGCUCAUAAUAACUCAGUAUACAAUUGGAAUAGAGUUAAUUGUGCUAGCAAGUCGUAUCGAUGAUUGGUUUGGACGAGACCCCAACAAAGCGUGGAGUCAGUUGGGAUCACAUCAUCCAGUUGCUAUAAUACCCUUAACUAUAACAUUUUUCGUACUUACAUUCCUGACAGCUACACAAGAUAUUGCGGUUGAUGGCUGGGCCUUGACAUUGCUAUCGAAGAGGAAUGUUGGUUUGGCUUCUACUUGUAAUAAAGUUGGACAGAGCCUUGGUUAUGCGUUAUCAUUUAUUCCCUUAGUUUGCUUAGAGUCUCCUGAUAUUCCUAACAAAUAUCUUAGACGAACGCCUAUAGCAGACAAAGGAUUAAUAACAUUUUCCGGUUUUCUCUAUGCAUGGGGUUUUGGUUUCAUGAUAUUUAACACAGUUUUGGUAAUAUUUAAACAUGAAAAAGGCUCGAAAUUGGAUGGGAUUAUACGUCACUUCGUAAAAAGUCGUUUAUUCAGUAAAUCGAACUACUCGACGCACUCAUUGAACAGUGAACAGACGGCAAAUAAAAACGAACAAACGGACGGAAGUGAAAAAGUUUCAUUGCUUAAUACAUAUAAGACUAUUAUUGGUGUUAUCCAACUGAAACCUGUCGCGUUGUAUUUGAUAUUGAUAGUUUCAGCAAAGGUAUGUGCUUUUGGUACAUAUACAGCUACCAAUUUAAAGCUAAUCGAACAGGGCUUUGCUAAAGAGAAACUGGCAUUAUUAAACCUUGGAUUUUUGCCAAUGGAAUUUAUUUUGCCCUUGUUAUUUGUACGUUUUACUACUGGACUGAAACCAUUGACUACUGGUCUAAUGAUAUUUUUACCAAGGUUACUGACAAAUUGUUUAUUUAUUCCAAUUAUUCAUUUCAUACCGCAUUUUCGAAUGAUUUCAAAUGAUACCUUAAUGAUGAAUAAUUCGAAUAUGACAACAAUAAAUAAUUACACAACUAAUAAUAUUAAUAAUCAUACAAUUAUUUUAAUGAAAGAUAAACCAACUUAUUCAUUUCCAUUGAUAUUCUAUGCAAUAUUAAUAAGUGGCUUCCUUUUGGAUAAAAUUACAGCAACAGUUAUAUUUGUACAAUUCCAAGCGUUUAAUGCCAAAAUAAGUGAUCCAGUUAUUGGAGGAACCUAUAUGACAUUAUUGAAUACUGUAUCAAAUCUUGCUGGUGCUUUAGGAACUACUGUCUCUCUCGCUCUAAUAGAGCGUUUGACAAUUCAUUCAUGUACGAAAAAUGCCAGUCAUUCUGGAAUACAUACAAACACUAGUGGGGUAUUUUUAAAUAGUUCAUUGGCUACUGGAAAUACCACUUGCUAUACUUUAGAUGGAAAUAACACAUGUAUUAAUCCAAUAGAAUCAUGCGUUAAAGUAUUCGAUGGAUACUAUAUUGAAGUGAUAGCUCUUCUCCUCGUUGGUUCAAUAUUAUUUGUAUUGUUCUUUUAUCCAAAAGCAAAAUAUUUGCAAAGUUUACCAGUAACGAAAUUUUAUUACAAUCCAAGUACUGAUGAAUACAGUUGUUUUGGUCGUAAAUUUAACUGUUGUCGUAAAACGGAAAAUCAGUCAUUAGAUAUAACUGAUAAUUUUGAAAGUAUGGAAAACAAUACUGAUACUACUAGUACUGCUGCUGUUGCUACUACUACUACUACCACUAAUAAUAAUAAUAAUAAUAAUAAUAAUAAUAAUAAUGAUAAUAAUGGUGAAAUCAAAUUACUAUUGAACAAUUAAUAUAUAUAUAUAUGGCCACUGAUUAUUUUUUUAUUCAUUUACUACCAAGAUGGAUAUUUUCAUAAUUAUGGUGAAUUUUUAUAUUCGGUUACUAAUAUUUUCUACUUAUAAAGAACAAUUUGAAAAUUUUAUCCUUUUUUAAAUUAUUUGUGGAAAAAAAUUAAUUUAAGGCUACUUUUCUUCUUUCUUUAAAGAAAAAACAGAACUGUCAUUUAUUUUGUGUCGCAGAUAUUCUUAUUUUGUAAACUAACGUGCAACCUUGUUUACUUAUAUUUUCAUUAUGCAUAAAUGAUUCGUGAAAAAUAUUAUCCUAUUAGGAAUGAAUGAUGAUAACCGUUAAUUAAUGAAGAAAAGGAGAUGAAGUAUGUU